UAGCUCCUGUUAUUUUAUUUUAGUUUAUAUAUUUGUAUAGAGCUCUGACAGUUGUUCGUGCACAGCUGAAUGAAGUCACGAGAUAAUAAAUGAAGGUAAUGAAAUGAUAAUGUGUGUGAUGUAGAUUUUACCAGACUGUUAAUUCUGUUCUCUGUAUUUGCAGCGUUUUCAGGCUUAUACUUUCAGUAUUUACAGGCCUUUGCUCGAUGGAUCAGAAAGCUGUCUGAAAACAAACCAUAUCUGUGUGUGUGUGUGUGUGUGUUUAUUACCCUACCUCACUGCCCCUCCCCCUCUGCAGAGUAAACGGAUAGGAAGUGAAAGUGAAAGUCAGUCUCCAUUUUGUGUGGAGGGGAAAAUACACCAUUUCAGGAGUAAAAACACAGGUUUGAUUUAACACACCGAUGUUGGAGUGAAGUAAACGUGUGUCCUGCUGUAAUCUGGAGAAGGAGACAUGACCUCCAACAUGAGUGUGUCUGGAAAACAGGACUUGAAGAAAGACGAGAGAAUGAUGGAGGGAAAGAGAUCAGACUCACCAGAACCCAGCUGUGUGUCCAUGAAGAGUGACGCGUCAAUGGAGCAUCCACUUCACUUCAGAGACGGAGCCAGUUCUCCUGAUGUGAGACCACAACAGAAGAAAUCAAACCUCAGCAGAAAUCAGUUGGACUCCAUAUUCCAGGAGCUGGAACACAAAGUCAUCUCUCUGAUAAAGAAUGAGCUGAAGAGGUUAAGGCAGCUCCUGAGUCCAGAUUACCCAGCAUGCACUGAGAGGGAGGUGCAGGAUGAGGAGGAUCUGCACAGUGUCAGAGACGGAGCGCUGAAGAUCACACUGCACGUCCUGAAGAACAUGAACCACACAGAUCUCGCUAACACACUGCACACCAAGUCUGUGGCCUCUGGGUAUCAGACAAAGCUGAAAUCCAGCCUGAGAGAGAAGUUUAAAAGAAUUAAUGAAGGAAUCUCACAGCAUGGAAGCUCAGCACUUCUGAAUGAGAUCUACACAGAGCUCUACAUCACAGAGGGUUGGAGUGGAGACGUCAAUAAUGAACAUGAGGUGAGACAGAUUGAGACAGCGUCCAGGAGACCAGCAACACAGGAGACACCCAUCAAAUGUAAUGAUCUCUUUAAAGACAAGUCCAUCAGAAGUGUGCUGACUAAAGGAGUUGCUGGAAUUGGAAAAACAGUCUCUGUGCAGAAGUUCAUUCUGGACUGGACUGAAGGAAAAGCAAAUCAGGACGUCACCUUCAUGUUUCCACUUCCCUUUAGAGAGCUGAAUCUGAUGAAGCAGAAACAUCUCAGUCUGAUGGAUCUUCUUCAUCACUUUUUCCCUGAAAUGAGAAAACUACAAUUAAUAGACUCCUACAAAGUGGUGUUGAUCUUUGAUGGUCUGGAUGAGUGUCGACUUCCUCUAAAUUUCCAGAAGAAUGAGAGAUUGUGUGAUGUGACAGAGUCAGCCUCAGUGGACGUGCUGCUGACGAACCUCAUCAAGGGGAAUCUGCUUCCCUCUGCUCUCCUCUGGAUCACCUCUCGACCAGGAGCAGCCAAUCAGAUCCCUCCUGAGUGUGUAGACCAGGUAACAGAGGUACGAGGGUUCAGUGAUCCUCAGAAAGAGGAGUACUUCAGGAAGAGGAUCAGUGAUCGGAGCCUGGCCAAUAAAAUCAUCUCACACAUGAAGUCUUCAAGAAGCCUCUACAUCAUGUGCCACAUCCCAGUCUUCUGCUGGAUCUCAGCCACUGUUCUAGAGAGAAUGUUGGGUGAAGCAGAGAGUGGACAGAUCCCCAAGACUCUGACUCAAAUGUUCACACACUUCCUGAUCUUUCAGAUCAAACACAAGGACCAAAAGUACCAUCAGAAAUGUGACCCUGAUCCUCAGCAGACCAGAGAGAGUAUCCUGGCACUGGGAGAACUGGCUUUCCAACAGCUGGAGAAAGGAAACCUGAUCUUCUAUGAGGAUGACCUGAGAGAGUGUGGCAUUGAUGUGAGAGAAGUGUCAGUGUACUCAGGAGUGUGUACCCAAAUCUUCAGAGAGGAGUUUGGGCUUCACCUGGGGAAGGUGUUCAGCUUUGUACAUCUGAGUGUUCAGGAGUUUCUGGCUGCUUUAUAUGCAUUUUUCUGCUUUAUUUUUAGAAAGACAAAUGUGUUAGUGGAACAAAGCACUGGACGUUUUAAUUUCUUCAGAAAGUCAGACAUGUCUGAUCUCCUCAGGACUGCAGUGGACAAGGCCUUACAGAGUGAGAACGGACACCUGGACCUGUUCCUCCGCUUCCUUCUGGGUCUCUCACUGGAGUCCAAUCAGACUCUCUUACGAGGCUUAAUGCCACAGACAGGAAGCAGCUCUCACAGCAAACAGGAAACAGUCGAGUACAUCAAGGAGAAGAUCAGGGAGAAUCCAUCUCCAGAGAAAUCCAUCAAUCUGUUCCACUGUCUGAAUGAACUGAAUGAUCAUUCUCUAGUGCAGGAAGUACAGACUUACCUGAACAGAGAAGAUUACUGUCGUCUCAGUGGAACCAGACUCUCUCCUGCUCAGUGGUCAGCUCUGGUGUUUGUGUUACUGAACUCAGAUCAGGAGCUGGAUGAGUUUAAUUUGAGGAAAUAUGACCCAUCAGAGGAAUGUCUUCUGAAUCUGCUGCCAGUGGUCAAAGCCUCCAGAAGAGCUGAGCUGUGGAGGUGUAAACUGACAGAGGAAAGCUGUAGAGUUCUGUCCUCAGUUCUCAGAUCAAACUCCUCCAGACUGAGAGAACUGAACCUGAGUCACAAUAACCUGCAGGAUUCAGGAGUGAAGCUGCUCUCUGCUGGACUGGAGAAUCCACACUGUACACUGGAGAUACUGAGGCUGUGUGGGUGUGAUCUGACAGAGGAAAGCUGUAGAGUUCUGUCCUCAGUUCUCAGAUCAAACUCCUCCAGACUGAGAGAACUGGACCUGAGUCUCAAUAACCUGCAGGAUUCAGGAGUGAAGCUGCUCUCUGCUGGACUGGAGAAUCCACACUGUACACUGGAGACACUGAGUCUGUGGGGGUGUAAUCUGACAGAGGAAAGCUGUAGAGUUCUGUCCUCAGUUCUCAGAUCAAACUCCUCCAGACUGAGAGAACUGGACCUGAGUCACAAUAACCUGCAGGAUUCAGGAGUGAAGCUGCUCUCUGCUGGACUGGAGAAUCCACACUGUACACUGGAGACACUGAGGAUGCGUGACUGCAGGAUUACAGAUGAAGGUUGUGCUGCUCUGGCUUCUGCUCUGAGGUCAAACUCCUCAUCACACCUGAGAGAACUGGAUCUGAACGAUAAUAAUCCAGGAGAAUCAGGAGUGAAGCUGCUCUCUGAUCUACUGAAGGAUCCACACUGUAACCUGGAGACACUACACAUUAAGGGUAAUAAACUCACCAGGACUGGCGUAUGACAGGAGUCUCACCUCAAACCUCUUCUCCAGGAUAAAGCAGUCUUGGUGAAGAGUUAGAACCCGUCCCACAUUUCCAGCAGUUUGGGAGCUGAAUCAUUAAACUU